AUGACGGACACUCGACGACGAGUGAAGGUUUACACCCUGAACGAGGAGCGGCAGUGGGACGACCGCGGCACCGGACAUGUGUCCUCCGGGUACGUGGAGCGCCUCAAAGGCAUGUCCCUGCUGGUCCGGGCCGAGAGCGACGGUUCUCUUCUGCUGGAAUCAAAAAUAAAUCCCAACACUGCAUACCAGAAACAGCAGGACACAUUAAUUGUAUGGUCUGAAGCAGAAAACUAUGACUUGGCACUCAGUUUUCAAGAGAAGGCAGGAUGUGAUGAAAUAUGGGAGAAAAUAUGCCAGGUCCAGGGUAAAGAUCCAUCAGUGGACAUCACCCAGGAGCUUGUGGAUGAGUCUGAAGAGGAGCGCUUCGAUGACAUGUCAUCCCCUGGGUUGGAACUGCCUCCCUGUGAGCUGAGCCGGUUGGAGGAGGUUGCGGAGCUGGUGGCAUCAUCACUGCCAUCACCACUGCGCCGCGAGAAGCUUGCCCUUGCUGUGGAGAAUGAGGGCUACAUCAAGAAGCUCCUGGAGCUCUUCCAUGUCUGUGAAGAUCUGGAGAACCAUGAGGGGCUACAUCAUCUGUAUGAGAUCAUAAAGGGAAUCUUUCUCUUGAACAGAACAGCACUCUUCGAGGUUAUGUUCUCAGAGGAAUGUAUCAUGGACGUGAUUGGUUGUCUGGAGUUUGAUCCCUCCUUGCCCCAGCCCAGGAGACACAGGGAGUUCUUGACAAAGACUGCAAAGUUCAAGGAGGUCAUUCCCAUAUCAGACCCUGAACUGAAGCAGAAAAUCCACCAGACGUAUCGAGUACAGUACAUUCAGGACAUGGUCCUCCCCACCCCUUCGGUGUUUGAGGAGAAUAUGCUGUCCACUCUCCACUCUUUUAUCUUUUUUAACAAAGUGGAAAUUGUUGGAAUGUUGCAGGACGAUGAAAAGUUCCUGACAGAUCUCUUUGCACAACUAACUGAUGAAGCAACAGAUGACGACAAAAGACAUGAGCUGGUAAAUUUCCUGAAGGAAUUUUGCGCAUUUUCUCAAACAUUACAACCUCAAAACAGAGAUGCCUUCUUCAAAACAUUGUCAAAUAUGGGCAUCUUACCAGCACUUGAAGUUAUAUUGGGAAUGGACGACCCCCAAGUGCGCAGUGCAGCAACUGACAUCUUCUCCUAUUUGGUGGAGUACAAUCCUUCCAUGGUACGGGAGUUUGUUAUGCAGGAGUCUCAGCAGAAUGAUGAUGACAUCUUGCUGAUCAACCUGAUCAUCGAGCACAUGAUCUGUGACACGGAUCCAGAGUUGGGUGGUGCUGUGCAGCUGAUGGGCUUGCUACGCACCCUGGUGGAUCCGGAGAACAUGCUGGCCACAGCCAAUAAAACAGAGAAAUCUGAGUUCUUGAGUUUCUUCUACAAGCACUGCAUGCAUGUUCUUUCUGCACCAUUGCUGGCCAACACAACAGAUGAGAAACCCAGCAAAGAUGACUUCCAGACGUCACAACUGUUGGCACUGAUUCUGGAGCUGCUGACCUUUUGCGUUGAACACCACACCUACCAUAUCAAGAACUACAUCAUCAACAAGGACAUCCUGCGUAGGGUGCUGGUGCUCAUGGCCUCCCGACAUGCCUUCCUUGCACUCUGUGCUCUUCGUUUCAUGCGGAAAAUAAUUGGGUUGAAAGAUGAGUUUUACAAUCGCUACAUCAUGAGGAACUUCUUGUUUGAACCAGUGGUAAAAGCCUUCCUUAACAAUGGAUCUCGUUACAACCUCAUGAACUCUGCAAUAAUCGAAAUGUUUGAGUAUAUCAGAGUGGAGGAUAUGAAGUCUCUGACAGCUCAUGUUGUAGAGAACUACUGGAAAGCACUUGAAGAUGUAGAUUAUGUGCAGACAUUCAAAGGCCUGAAGCUACGCUACGAACAACAGAGGGAGAGGCAAGACCACCCAAAACUGGACAGCAUGCGGUCAAUCCUGAGGAAUCAUCGGUAUCGGCGGGAUGCACGCACACUUGAAGAUGAGGAGGAAAUGUGGUUCAACACUGAUGAGGAUGACCUAGAAGAUGGAGAGGCUAUUGUUCCACCCUCAGACAAAAUGAAGAGUGAUGAAGACCUAAUGGACCCCAUUAGCAAGUUCAUGGAAAGGAGGAAAUUAAAAGAUGCAGAGGAGAAGGAGGUGCUAGGGAAGUCAAGCUUAUCAGGGCGCCAGAGCCCUAGCUUCAAGCUGUCUUUCUCUAGCACCACCAAAGCAAGUCUCACCAGCCCAUCCUCUGCCAGCCACCUUCCUGGGUCACCAGGCUCCCCGGGCUCAACUGGCUCCCCUGGGUCGCCAGGCUCUGGAGCUAAAAGCUCACCUCCUGCUCCUGCCAUCACCACCAAGGGUGGACUAGUAGGAUUGGUGGACUACCCUGAUGAUGAUGAUGAUGAGGAGGAUGAUGAUGAAGAUGAUUCAGAGAACAGGGAUGAGAGUCCACCACUUUCCAAGAAGUCUAAGCUGAGCUCUUAGAAAUAACUGGUUGUCUCAUGCUUGUCCCUGAACUUUAAUAGACAUGGUCAGGAAACUUUCACUUCCAACAGCUCCAGUAAUGGAUUUAAAAAAGUGAAAUAAACAGGUUAUUACAGUCCACAUAUUGUUGUGGGUGUAGAGGUCUUAAAAAAAAAAAGACCCCAAAAACUCUGAGCUUCACACGCAAUUUUGUCGUUCAAGUGCCAAUCUGAGAAGGAAAUGAGAAAGAAAAGAGGAAUUUCAGCAUUCUUGGACGAAAAAAGAUGAUUACAAGCAGUUCUGGGGGGAGGAAACCGGACUCAAGAUGACACCCAAAAGCGCUUUUGGGUUUCGGACCCUACUUUCAACCCCCCUCUCAGGGAUGAACAAUGUAGCGGCCCAAGUAGGCCUGCAGAUCCAUAACCACCACCACUCACCCUCCAGUGACCACUCCUGUCAGAGCAGACUAUACUUUUCCUUCUUUUCUUUCUCUUUUUUUUUUUUUCUGGACCAGAACUCUGAAAGCUUCGGAAGAAGUAUUAAGCUGUUGUUGAUGCUGAUGUCACCAGUGUCAUCACGCAACAGAAAUUCCUCCCCUAAAAUGCCAGCAGUUUCUUUCUUUUUUCUUUACAUUUUUUAAGACCUGCCUUUAAAUGUUCAGGAUGUUUUCAGUUUGUUUAAAUCAGGUUUUUAAAACCUCUGUAGGGGGAGCAGUUGAAGAGGAGUCCCCCUCUUUUAUCGUUCUUCUUUUGCCCUUUGAAACUGCAGAUUUUGGAAAUAUUACCCCUUCUUGAUUAAAGAUUGAGUGGAAUUCUAGAUGUGAUCAUUUUGUCAUAUCUUUCCCUUUUUCUUUUCAUGAGUGUACUCUUAGUUGUUAAGUAUAUUUGGGACCAUUAAAAAAGAUCUUUGAUGUAAUAUAA